AUGUGGACGGUAGAGGGACUGGAUGUGCCUUCAGUAAGCACGUUCCUCUUCAGUUGGCGAUGCAGGAUCUGGCCCAAGGAGAGAAAACAGCAGAUGAGACUUAAGGCACCAGUUGAAGGUUCUUCGAUGCUAAAUUUCGAUGUGGGACUCAUGGGAGUGCCUUUUGAGGCUGACACGCGUCCCAGCAAAUAUCCUAGCGAUGAACCCGAGAACAUCCUACAAGAUGCCUUCUAA